AUGCCAGUGCAAGCAGAGUCCGGAGAUAGCAGCGAUGGCUCCUUGAAGCUCACGUCGUCGGUCAAGUUCAUUGAUCUGGGAGAUCUGCGGUCGUUGCUCCCUGGAGAAGGCUUUGUUCUGGGCAGAAGCGAUGGGUCCGGACGUGAAGAAGGCAGCAGCUCCAACAGAUCUAUUGGUUUGUGUGAUUUCGACGAAGUGCAGGCUGAGAAGCUCUGGUGGAUCUUUAAACUGUGGCGUAAUGCCAAGUCCAAGUACGUGGAGAGGGAGAGUGAAACGUCUGAGCUCCGCGGAUCGCUGUCCUUUACUUCGGAGGACCGAAGAGCGCGUCAACCGACUCGGUCGUAA